UACCACCACCUCUGCUCUUACCUCUCACUCUAAAACCCUAAAGGUCUCUUUUUUAUUAGGGUUAGGGUUUUGCAGCUCUUCGCAGCCUUCUUCAGAACCCUAGAAGAAAGAUCAGCUCGUUAUCGGUCAAAUGGGAAAGUCCAGCAAGAAAUCGACCCCCAAAGUUGAUGCAACUCCCGUUGUUACUCCACCAUCCAAACCUACCAAAAAAGGUAAGAGGCAAGCUGAAGAUUCGAUAGAGAAGGUGGUGAGCGCGAAGAAGCAGAAAAAAGGUAAUGGGGUGGAGCAGGUCGUACAGAAGCAGAAGGUCGAAGUGAAAAAACAACAGAAGGUGGAGACGAAGAAGAAGAAGAAAGAGGAGACUAGUAGCUCAGAGGACUUGACUUCAUCCGAUUCUGAUGAAGAGCCAAAGGCUACAACAGCCUCUAAGAAGGGAGCGAUUGCGGCAAAACCACCUGCUAAAGUAACUGUUGAGGAAUCUUCAUCUGAUGAGGAAUCUUCAUCUGACGAGGAGCCUGAUUCUAAAGUUGCUGUUCCUUCAAAGAAAAAACCUAUAUCUGCUUCUAAGAACGGCACUGCCGCUGGCCCAGUGGCUGCUGCAAAGAAGGUGAGUGACAGUUCAAGCUCUGACAGCAGUGAUGAUUCAGACUCGGAUGAAGAAAUCAAAGAAGCUAAUAAGGUGAGCUCCCAACCAAAGAAAUUACCAGCCACUGCCAAGGCUGCUAAGAAUGGCUCUGUCGUGGCUCCCAAGAAGAAAGAAGAGUCAAGUGAUAGUUCUGAUUCAGAUAGUAGUUCAGAUGAGGAGGAUGAGAAGGCUUCAAAGGUUGCUUCUCAAGCUAAGAAGUUGCCACCUUCCAGCCAAAAGAAUGUUCCAGUGGCGGCUCCUAAGAAAGCUGAGUCAAGUGAUAGCUCUGAUGAGAGUGAUUCUGAUGAAGAGGAACCAACUGCUGCAAAGAAUGUAGCUGCUGCAGCACCUAAAAAGAAAGUACAGUCUAGUGAUAGUUCUUCUGAGACCUCUUCAGAGGAAGAAGAGGAACCACAGAAAAAACCAGCACCUAAAGAAGAUAGCAGUGAAGAUGAUAGUUCUGAUGAAAGUGAUGAAGAGCCUCAAAAGAAAAAGUUGAAAGUUCCGGCUUCAGUUCCUUCUAAUGCUGGAAAAUCAAGCAGUAGCGAAGAGGAAAGCUCUGAUUCAGAAGAUGAGCCCUCAAAGAUACCAUUGCCAAAGAAGCAGGCUACUCAAGUGUCAAAGAAAAGCAGCGGUCCUGAGGAGGAUUCCUCAGAGGAGGAUUCAUCUGAGGAAGAAAGCGAUGAGGGAGAGCCUUCCAAGACCCCAAAGAAGAAUGGCACUGAUGUGGAAAUGGUAGAUGCUGAAACACCUGCUAAGCAGACUGAUUCAAAAUCUGGGAAGAAAGCUCCCAAAACCCCUGCCACUCCUCAAGUGGAGAGCACUGGAAGCAAGACACUGUUUGUUGGCAAUCUAUCUUUUAGUGUUCAAAAAGAGGAUGUGGAGCAUUUCUUUAAAGAUGCCGGUGAAGUUGUUGAUGUCCGUUUCUCCUCAGAUGCAGACGGGAGGUUCAAGGGCUUUGGUCAUGUUGAGUUUGCUACUCCAGAAGCAGCACAGAAGGCUCUCAAAAUGAAUGGUAAAGACUUGUUGGGUCGUGCUGUCAGACUUGAUUUGGCCCGUGAAAGGGGCGCAUAUACUCCAUAUAGCGGAAAAGAAAGCAAUUCAUUCCAAAAGGGAGGGAGUCAGGCACAGACGAUAUUUGUUCGGGGCUUUGAUAAAAGCGGCGAUGAGGACCAGGUUAGGAGCACCCUGGAAGAGUAUUUUGGGUCUUGUGGGGAUAUUUCAAGGAUUUCAAUCCCUAAAGAUUAUGAAUCUGGUUCUGUUAAGGGGAUUGCUUACAUGGACUUCACAGAUGGUGACAGCUUCAACAAAGCUCUUGAACUCAAUGGAACAGAACUGGGAGGUUAUACCUUGAAUGUUGAAGAGGCAAAGCCCAGAGGUGAUAGCCGUGAUGGUGGUGGCAGAAGUGGUGGAAGGAGUGGUGGUAGAGAUGGUGGUCGGUUUGGAGGUAGACGUGGAGGUGGACGAGGUGGUGGUGGGGACCGUUUUGGUGGUGGUGGUGGGGGCCGUUUUAGUGGUGGUGGGGGCCGUUUUGGCGGUGGUGGCAGAGGACGUGGAGGUUUUAAUAAACCAAACAUGGGUGCUGCUGGCACAGGUAAGAAGACAACUUUCAAUGAUGAGUAAGGCCUUAAGGGGGGAUUUUGGAGAUACAGAGUGCCGCCUCCUUCUAUCUUCAUAUAGUAGUAUCAUUUUUGUUUGUUGACAAUUUUUGUAAGAUUUUGGUAUUUGGUUUUAACUCUUUAAGAGGUGUUACUUUUGGCUUAUUACCCCUCUGUGAAGUAGGCAUUUGUUUCGUGGAAUUACUGCAUGACAUCUAUAGGUCACUGAGCAUUACAAUUUUAUUUUUUUCUGGCAAUAAUAUUUGCUACUUUAUUUUUCUA